CUUCCCGGCGGGCUACGCGGCGCCGGCGGUUGUCGGCGGGCCAGUCCGGCGGGCAGCGGCGGCUGUUCCGGCUGCUCGGUACGGCGGACGUGGGACGGGCGGCCCAGAGAACGGCGGGCGGGAUGUGGAGCCGCCGCGUCCUUAGAGUGUGACCAUCGCCGGCCGCGCCCCCAGCCCAGGUCACGGUCCGAGCGUUCCAGGCGCUCCGGGCCCUACGCCGCUGCCCGCCCCGCCCCUCCCCCGGCAGCCGCCGGCGCCCAUGCGGGCCGAGCCCCGCGCGCCCGCCGCACCAUGCUCAAGUGCAUCCCGUUGUGGCGCUGCAACCGGCACGUGGAGUCGGUGGACAAGCGGCACUGCUCGCUGCAGGCCGUGCCCGAGGAGAUCUACCGCUACAGCCGCAGCCUGGAAGAGCUGCUGCUCGACGCCAACCAGCUGCGUGAGCUGCCCAAGCCAUUCUUCCGGCUCCUGAACUUGCGCAAACUGGGCCUGAGUGACAAUGAGAUCCAGCGGCUGCCCCCUGAGGUGGCCAACUUCAUGCAGCUGGUAGAGCUGGAUGUAUCCCGGAAUGACAUCCCUGAGAUCCCGGAGAGCAUCAAGUUCUGCAAGGCUCUGGAGAUCGCUGACUUUAGUGGGAAUCCCCUGUCCAGGCUCCCUGAAGGCUUUACCCAGCUGCGCAGCUUGGCUCACCUGGCUUUAAACGAUGUGUCCUUGCAGGCACUACCUGGGGACGUGGGCAACCUCGCCAAUCUGGUAACUCUGGAACUGCGGGAGAACUUGCUUAAGUCUUUGCCUGCGUCCCUGUCUUUUCUAGUCAAGCUGGAACAGCUGGAUCUCGGAGGCAAUGAUCUAGAAGUGCUGCCUGACACACUGGGGGCCCUGCCUAACCUUCGGGAACUUUGGCUUGACCGGAACCAGCUGUCGGCGUUGCCUCCGGAGCUGGGGAACCUGCGGCGCUUGGUGUGCCUGGAUGUGUCCGAGAACCGGCUGGAGGAGCUGCCCGCAGAGCUUGGUGGGCUGGUGCUGCUCACUGACCUACUGCUUUCCCAGAACCUGUUGCAGCGCCUGCCUGAUGGCAUUGGUCAGCUGAAGCAACUGUCCAUCUUGAAGGUGGAUCAGAACCGUUUGUGUGAGGUGACUGAGGCCAUUGGGGGCUGCGAGAACCUCUCAGAGCUGGUCCUCACAGAGAACCUGCUGACGGCCCUGCCCCAUUCUCUGGGGAAGCUGACCAAGUUGACCAACCUUAAUGCGGACCGGAACCGCCUAGAGGUGCUGCCACCAGAGAUCGGAGGCUGUGUGGCACUCAGUGUCCUCUCACUCAGGGACAACCGCUUGGCCAUCCUGCCUCCUGAGCUGGCCCACACGGCAGAGCUGCAUGUGCUGGAUGUAGCAGGAAAUCGGCUACGGAGUCUGCCGUUCGCACUCACACACCUCAACCUCAAGGCCCUGUGGCUGGCGGAAAACCAGGCGCAGCCCAUGCUGCGCUUCCAGACAGAGGACGAUGCCCAGACGGGUGAGAAGGUGCUCACCUGCUACUUGCUGCCCCAACAGCCUCCACCCAGCCUCGAGGAUCCUGCCCCAAGGAGCAGCCCCUCAGAGAGCUGGAGUGAUGCCCCGAUCAGCCGUGUCAGUGUCAUCCAGUUCAUGGAGGCAGCCAAUGCCGACGAGGAUCCUGAGGAGGCUGCAGCUGAGAAGCGGGGCCUGCAGCGCCGGGCCACACCUCACCCCAGUGAGCUGAAGGUGAUGAAGAGGGGUGUUGAAGAGCGCCGGGGAGAAGCGUACUCCUGCAGGCCAGACCCCAGGCCACCCUCACCCUCAGAAGAGGAAAGGAGGCUGAGUGCCAAGUCUGAACUAAGCGAGGACUCACCCCCAUCCACCAGCACCAUCUCCCAGGAGGAGCCUGAGGACCCCGUGGCCAAAGCAGAGAUGCCAAGCCAGCGGGAAUCCCUGUCUGAUGGUCAAGAGGAGACUGCAGAGGACACCUAUGAGGAGCCCACAGUGCACUUUGCAGAGGACACAUUGCUGCCCAGAGAGGAUGGGGAGAGUGAGGAGGGGCAGCUCGAGGCCCCCUGGCCCCUGCCAGGUGGGAGGCAACGGCUCAUUCGAAAGGACACACCCCACUACAAGAAGCACUUCAAGAUCUCCAAGCUGCCCCAGCCCGAGGCCGUGGUGGCCCUGCUACAGGGGGCACAGGCAGACAGUGAGGGUCUGGUGGGACCUGGGAGCUGGCACAAUGGCCCCCACACACCCUGGGCUCCUCGGGCUGAGGAGGAAGAGGAGGAAGAAGAAGAGGACGAAGAAGAGGAGGUCGUGGCUGAGGAAAAGGAAGCUGUGAACUCUGCACCUUCCGUCAAGGGGGUGUCGUUUGACCAGGCCAAUAACCUGCUGAUAGAGCCUGCUCGCAUUGAGGAAGAAGAGCUUACACUCACUAUCGUGCGGCAGACAGGGGGCCUGGGCAUCAGCAUUGCAGGUGGCAAGGGCUCCACACCGUACAAGGGAGAUGAUGAGGGCAUAUUCAUCUCUCGGGUGUCUGAAGAGGGCCCUGCCGCCCGGGCCGGGGUGCGAGUGGGCGACAAGCUCCUUGAGGUAAAUGGGGUGGGCCUGCAGGAGGCCGAGCAUCACCAGGCCGUGGAGGCACUCCGGGGGGCUGGUGCCACUGUGCAGAUGAGGCUGUGGCGGGAGCGCAUGGUUGAGCCAGAGAAUGCGGUCACUGUCACCCCCCUGCGGCCCGAGGACGACUACAGCCCCCGGGAUCGGGAGCGGCGGGGUGGCAGCCUGCGCUUGCCCCUGUUCCAGCGUGAGACCCCAAGCCCAGGGCCCCUCCGCCAGCGCCAUGUGGCCUGUCUGGUCCGCAGCGACAAGGGGCUAGGUUUCAGCAUCGCCGGAGGGAAAGGCUCCACUCCAUAUCGUGCUGGCGAUGGGGGCAUCUUCAUCUCCCGAAUCGCAGAGGGGGGUGCUGCCCACCGGGCUGGCACUCUACAAGUUGGAGACCGUGUUCUCUCGAUCAAUGGAGUGGACAUGACUGAGGCCAGGCAUGACCAUGCUGUCUCCCUGCUGACUGCUGCUUCCCCCACCAUCGCCCUGCUGCUGGAGCGGGAGAGUGGGGAUCCUGUGCCUCCCAGCCCCCCACCACAAUCUCCCUUGCCUCCCACUACUGCCACCAGCACUGUGGUCACUGCCACCCACACAGAGCCUGGGCCACUUCGACUGGCCCCCAGCCUGCUAGCUGCUGCCCUGGAGGGCCCAUACCCCGUGGAGGAGAUCUGUCUGCCAAGAGGUGGGGGCCCCUUGGGGCUCAGCAUCGUUGGGGGCUCUGACCACUCUAGCCACCCGUUUGGCGUCCAAGAUCCUGGCGUGUUCAUCUCUAAGGUGCUCUCUCGGGGCCUGGCUGCACGCAGUGGCCUGCGGGUUGGGGACCGCAUCCUGGCAGUGAAUGGGCAGGAUGUGCGGGAGGCCACACACCAGGAAGCAGUCAGCGCCCUGCUGAGGCCUUGCCUGGAGCUGGUCCUGCUAGUGCGCAGGGACCCCCCACCCCCAGGCAUGCAGGAGCUGUGCAUCCAGAAAGCCCCUGGUGAGAAGCUGGGCAUCAGCAUCCGUGGGGGUGCUAAGGGACAUGCAGGGAACCCCUUGGACCCCACAGAUGAGGGCAUCUUCAUCUCCAAGGUGAGCCCCACGGGAGCUGCUGGGCGUGAUGGCCGCCUACGUGUGGGGCUACGGCUGCUAGAGGUGAACCAGCAGAGCCUGCUGGGCCUGACACAUGGGGAGGCUGUGCAGCUGUUGCGCAGCGUGGGCGACACCCUCACUGUGCUCGUCUGUGACGGCUUCGAUGCCAGCACGCCCACUGUCCCUGAGGUGUCCCCAGGCGUCAUUGUCAACCCCUUCGCAGCAGGCAUCGGCCGUAGGAACAGCCUAGAAAGCAUCUCCUCCAUCGACAGGGAGCUGAGCCCUGAGGCCCUGGGCAAGGAAAAGGAGCUACCUGGACAGACCCCACCUAGAGUGCCAGAGGAAGCAGUAAAUGUCACGCUAUCAGCACUGUCAGGGGCUGUGGGAGGGAAGAUGGCUGAAGCCCCCAGCUCACUGUUUCAGCAGCAGACAAAACCUGGGGUGAUCCAGCCAGUGGCUCAGGCCUGGCACAGGGGCUCCCCAGCCCCCAGGGACAGAGGUGAUCCCCACUCUCCCCCCUCCCCACCCUCCCCGGAUGGACUGCCCACCAAUGUGAAACAGGCCUACCGAACCUUUGCUGCUGUGCCUGGCCCACAUCACCCACAGGACAGCCCCACCCAGCACCCUGCACUUGGGCCCACGGCCUCCCCAGAACAGCUGUCCUUCCGAGAGAGACAGAAGUACUUUGAGCUAGAGGUGCGAUUGCCCCAGGCUGAGGGGCCCCCCAAGCGUGUGUCGCUAGUGGGUGCUGACGACCUGCGGAAGAUGCAAGAGGAGGAAGCCCGGAAGCUACAGCAGAAGCGGGCACAGAUGCUGCAGGAGAGUAUUGAGGCUGGGCCCCCACUGGACGGCAGUGGCCCUGAUGAGCCUGAGCCUGAGGAGCCGCCUCCCUGGGCCGACCCUGCCACAGGGCUCAGCCCCGUGUCCCCACUGCUGGCGGGAGGCAGCGCCCCAGUGCGCACAGCCAAAGCUGAGCGCCGCCAUCAGGAGCGGCUGCGCAUGCAGAGCCCAGAGCUAUCAGUGCCCGAACAAGCCCUCUCCCCUGCUGAGCGGCGCGCCCUAGAGGCUGAGAAACGGGCCCUCUGGAGGGCAGCCAGGAUGAAGUCCUUGGAGCAGGAUGCACUCCGAGCACAGAUGGUCCUCAGCAAGUCCCAGGACGGUCGGAGCAAGCGAGGCCCCCUGGAGCGGCUGGCUGAGGCCCCCUCCCCUGCGCCCACACCAUCGCCCACUCCCUUGGAAGACCUCAGUCCCCAGACCAGCACCUCCCCAGGACGCCUGGCCUUGUCUGGGAGGAAGUUUGACUACAGGGUGUUUGCAGCCCUCCCUUCUUCCCGGCCUGUCUAUGACAUCCAGUCCCCAGACUUUGCGGAAGAACUGAGGUCAUUGGAACCAUCUCCCAGCCCUGGCCCACAGGAGGAGGAUGGAGAGGUGGCCAUGGUGCUUCUGGGCAGGCCCUCACCAGGCGAGGAGGUGACACUGUGCAGCAGCCGCCGUGCCAUGCGGUCAGGGCGCCGCGGCCUGGGCCCUGUGCCCUCCUAGAAGAGGGUGCACCUCCCCCGGCUUGGGGCAGGGGUCCUGCCAGCUCCAAUGACACCUUGCCCCAAGUCUUUUAACCCAGGUGUCAGCAUUUUAGAGAUUCCCCCCUCAGGAGUUCUGGCCACUGACUAACUGCCCCUCCCCUGCCCCCAAGCCCAGACCUCUUGGCAAGACUGUAACUAGUGAUGUUUGUACAACCAAAGACUCUAUUUUGUGGUUUAAGGAGAAUAAAAUUGACUAUGUUCUA